AUUGACCCUUUUAAAUGUCGUCACUUCCGGUUUCAUUACGCGCGUCUCGUGUUAUUUGAGGCAGAGCAGAGGCAGUCAUGGCAGAUGAGAAGUCAAAGGAGGGUAUGAAAACCGAUAAUGCCCACAUAAAUCUGAAAGUAACAGACCAGGAUGGCUCAGUGAUUCAAUUCAAAAUCAAGAGGCACACACCCCUCAAAAAACUGAUGAAAGUAUAUUGUCAGAGACAGGGGCUAACAAUGCGGUAUAUUCGGUUCAAGUUAGAUGGGGAGACAAUUAAUGAGACUGACACACCAGCUCAGUUGGAAAUGGAGGAUCAGGAUUCAAUUGAAGUAUUUCAGGAACAAACAGCGGGCCUGAUGUAAAUAUCAACUUAACAACCUUCCAUCUCCACAAUCCUCCCUGUUUGCCGGGUUUUAUUUUUUUUUAUACAUUUUGGUUGACCUCUCUUCACAUCAUCAAAAGCUUGUGUGAAAUGCCUUGAGAUGAUGUAAACUUAUAUUUAUUUAAUCAGAUGUGGACCUAAGGGUGUUACUUCUAAAAUGCUUCUGAUCAGUCAGUGAUCAGAUCUUUUUGGGGGAGGGGGUGGGAGGGUGGCAGAGAUAAUUUCAGUGUUUUGUUUGCUCUGAAGCCAUUAGGCUUUUUAUAUGUAUAACAUAUGUUUAUGUAUUUCUCUUUUGCACUCAGAUACUGAACCAGUUUUAUUCGGUAUCUUGUGUUGUGAAUUGAAAUGUUUAGGUUUUUGUUGGAAUAAAACCGUUUUACA